UCUUUGUUCUGUUUUAGCCCAGAUUCAACAGAAGGAGAAUCGCCGCUGUGAUUCUUAAAUACAGGGCUGGUUUUGAAAGAACAUCCGUGGAGAAAGAUGCCUUUUGUGUCCAGAUGGUGUAGUUACGACAUCUACCAGCAGGGGCUUAACUCUAACCAUACUGCCACCGAACCGUUCCUGGUGAAUGAAGACCCGUCCAGAGGUCCUGGGAUACCAGAGUGCUUCGUCGUGUCUGAUUCCUACAGGGAUGAAUUUCAUCCCUUCAUCGAGGCUUUGCUGCCACACGUCCGCGCGUUCUCCUACACCUGGUUCAACCUCCAGGCCCGCAAGCGCAAGUACUUCAAGAAGCACGAGAAACGCAUGACGAAGGACGAGGAGCGCGCCGUCAAAGACGAACUCCUGGGCGAGAAGCCCGAGAUCAAGCAGAAGUGGGCGUCCCGUCUGCUCGCCAAGCUCCGCAAAGACAUCCGCCCGGAGUUCCGCGAGGACUUCGUGCUCACCAUCACGGGGAAGAAGCCGCCGUGCUGCGUGCUGUCCAACCCCGACCAGAAGGGCAAGAUCCGGCGCAUCGACUGCCUGCGGCAAGCGGACAAGGUCUGGCGCCUGGACCUGGUGAUGGUUAUCCUGUUCAAGGGGAGCCCGCUGGAGAGCACGGAUGGAGAGAGGCUGGUCAAGUCCCCGCAGUGCUCGAACCACGGCCUCUGCGUGCAGCCGCACCACAUCGGGGUGUCCGUCAAAGAGCUGGACCUGUAUCUGGCCUACUUCGUCCACUCGCCAGAAUCUGGACAAUCGGAUAACUCCAACCAACAAGGAGAAGCAGACAUCAAGCCUCCGCCCAAUGGGCACUUGAGUUUCCAGGACUGCUUCGUGACGUCAGGCGUGUGGAACGUGGCGGAGCUGGUCCGUGUGUCACAGACACCAGUGGCCACAGCAUCCGGACCCAACUUCUCUCUGGCCGACCUUGACAGUCCUGGAUACUACAACAUCAACCUGGGUCGCCGCUCCAUUACGUCCACGCCAUCCACCAGGACUGAGAUGGAGUUGUAUGCCAGUCUCCCGCGGAGCUCCAACAAGCGUAAAUCCAUUGAUGACAGUGAGAUGGAGAGCCCGGUGGACGAUGUCUUCUAUUCGGGACGUUCUCCUGCCCCGGGAGCGUCCCAGCCCAGCGGCUGGCCCAAUGAUGUUGAUGCAGUGCAACACCAUUUGGCCAGUAUGCAGGAGAGGAAGAUAAAACACGAAUCCGAUGGCGUGCAGUUUCCUUACCAUGGUUAGACCACAUUACCCUCAUAUUAUAUAUGA